UUCUCCCGGGCGGGAGCCACGCCAGAAGUCGCCGUCGCGCUGCGCGGCCGCGCAGAUUCCGCGGCACAAAACGGUGAAAUAAGUCCAUCAGCUACUAUUGAAAUACAGAAGAUUUCCCGAAACAGAAGAUUUGAAGAUGGAAGUGUUUCAUUUUGAGAUGGUCUUGGCGCUUCUCAUAACUGGAUUUGUCAUCAUUGAUGGUUCUGACAUCUACCAGUCAAACCUGACUAACCCUGUCACAACUUCCUCUGAAACAGAAUCUAAGCUAUUCUUGUUCCCUACCCAUAAACCCAACCGCACCUAUAUCUAUUGUUCACAACGUCCUAAAAUUAUGGACACUUUCAAAUACAUCAAUACAGCAAUAUCCUGUGCAGUGUUUGUCAUUGGGCUUGUUGGGAAUGCAACCCUGCUGCGGAUUAUCUACCAGAACAAGUGUAUGAGGAAUGGCCCCAAUGCGCUGAUAGCUAGCCUGGCCCUGGGAGACCUCAUCUAUAUCAUCAUAGAUAUCCCUAUCAACAUAUAUAAGCUUCAUGGUCAGUGGCCCUUUGGGAUGUCUCCUUUUGGGCAGUUUCUUUGCAGCUGUUUUCCUUUUCUUCAGAAAGCAUCAGUGGGAAUCACAGUCCUUAACCUCUGUGCUCUAAGCGUGGACAGGUACCGUGCAGUUGCCUCCUGGAGUCGUGUUCAAGGAAUUGGAGUCCCCUUGAUCACCGCUAUUGAAAUCAUUACAAUUUGGAUUCUUUCAUUUGCCCUGGCUAUCCCAGAAGCAAUUGGCUUUACCACUGUUGAAUUUGAAUACAACGGCAGCUUCUACGUUUCCUGUAUGCUCCUAACUAAUACCACAUUUUUGUCCUUCUAUGCCAAAGCGAAGGACUGGUGGCUCUUUGGUUUCUACUUUUGCAUGCCACUUGCAUGCACCGCCUUCUUCUACACCCUCAUGACCUGUGAAAUGCUGAACAGGAGGAAGAGCAAUCUGAGAAUAGCUCUCAGUGAACAUCUGAAGCAGAGACGAGAAGUCGCAAAGACGGUUUUCUGCUUAGUUGUCAUCUUUGCCCUUUGUUGGUUUCCUCUCCACUUGAGCCGGAUCUUGAAGCAAAUGUUGUAUUCUGAAAAAGACCCUAAAAGAUGUGAAUUGCUCAGCUUUUUGUUGACACUCGAUUAUAUCGGCAUGAAUUUAGCGACCAUAAAUUCCUGCAUAAACCCUAUAGCACUCUAUUUUGUCAGCAAGAAGUUCAAAAACUGUUUCCAGUCAUGCUUCGGCUGUAAGUGCUACCAGACAGGGAGUCAAGUAUCAUCUGUUCCGAUGAACGGAACAAGUAUUCAGUGGAAAAACAACGAACUGAACAAUCACAACACAGAACGGAGCAUCCACAAAGACAGCUUAAACUGACGUUUGGUGGAGACUGCACUUUGCGAUGGGUGAAAGCAAAAAACGGUGUACCGCAGCUUUAUAAACAGGAAAACGAUCUGGGAUUCAAUAAGCACAUUUCAUUUGAAGCUCAAUGCCCUAGCACUUAAGUCCAAAGAUGACCAAAGUGUCCACAGGUGAAGCUCUGUACAGAUUUCUAAAUGGUAGCAAGAAAGCUUUGCCCUCCCCCUUACAAAGAAAUUCAUAUUUUGGUGAAAACAAGAAGAAUCUGCACAGCAUUCUGCAAACUAUCUGCAGACUCCAGGUGGACCUUCUCAGUAAGUGUACUGCGCAUGCUGCCGUUUUGAAGAAUUCCGUAAGUCACUGUGAGUCAUGAUGGAAUUGUUUUGAAAGACUGACAAAAUGUAGGACCUAUAGAUGCCCUGUGUUCCCAUUCUCUUGACAUGAGAUAAUUUAGUAAGUGUAUUCCACAUUUAAAAGCAUGUUCAGCCAGAAGCCUUUUUAAUAGCAGGGGCCAGUGAGGCAGAGCAGGUGGGCUUCCAUUGUCCCCCUAGCUUUCCAGCACAGCAGGUCACUGAUGUUUACCAAGAGGGGAGGAAUGAGGCAAAAAGAGCUUAUUGCAGUGCGUGGCAAUGGGGGCAUCUGAUUGGCUCCACUGCCA